UUAGCCAGACUGAGAUCUGAGAUAAAUGAGAUUUUCUUCUGGUUCCACAGAGAGCUUCAAGGACAGUGAUAAUCUGCCGGAGAUCCUGAGGGUGCGAUUGGUCCACCUGUACGGCGCCAUCAUCAUUGGCUGCAAGAGAAAUGCCCUGCUGGCCAUCGUCCCCUCAGCGGUGAGUGACCUCAUGGGGGUCCUCAGUUCCUGCUGUUGCCCUGACAACCAGGAAAUGAAGGACCCGCAGCUGCUGCAGCUGACCCUGAAGUGCCUGACCGCUGUGAUCCACCUCCUGCACGCCAGCAGUCUGGACCAGCGGCAAGUGGACAUCAGGACCGUGCUGGACAGCUACUUCUGGGUCCUCAACUCUGAUCACCUUGGCGCGGGGGCUGGGGAGGGGGAGGCAAGAGACUGGGAAGACCGGCUUAUCACCCUCCGCACCAGCAUGCUCAGAGCUAUCCCUGAGAUGUUAAACUGCGCUGAUCGGCCGGUCCUUCAGGCCAUAUUUCUGAAUAACAACUGUUUCGAGCACAUUUUGAGACUGAUACAGAACAGCAAGGUGUUUGAAAAAGGCUCAGACUCCAUUACUGUCCACGCUCUCAGAGUCCUCACUGCCAUCAUGACCAGCUCUCCGUCUGCAAAGGAGGUUUUCAAGGAGAGGAUUGGCUACUCUCACCUGUAUGAUGUGCUGCUGAGCCAGGGCCAGACAACCAGGCAACUCCUCCAGGAGCUCAUGAAUAUGGUAACAGUGCUGCCGCCAGGUCAUCAGUAACAAAACUAUGCACUCUCAAACGUGAGGGGCAUAUCAGCUAUCAGCCUCCUAUCUGCUACGGUGUUGGAGUAGGUUGUGGAGCAGGCAUUAAUUGUAUAACCUGUAUACUGUUC